GAUAAAAUUUCCGUGGAAGAUCGAUCGAUAUCCAUAAUAAUCGUCGUCUUCAGAGGCGGAAAGGAGAAGUUUUCAAGUUUGAGGGAAGAGCGGGUCCAAGCGGCCCCGUACAAUAGAGCAAUCAUUGAUUCCGACGAGUCGACGGUGAUCAUGGGCGCCCAGGAAGAGGACACCAAGUCCAGCACCAUAGGCGGGGUGCUGCCUGUGGUGGAGGUGGUGACUUUGGUGGAGAAAGCUAAAUUCUACACCUCCCUCUGCCUGGGUACCACGGCCAUACUCGCCGUCUUCGCCUUCCUUUUUCUGAUCCCGUUCGUCGUGGAGCCGGCAGUGACCACGAUCCUGGCCGACUUUUCUCCACACGCUGUUGCCUGCGUCGUCACCGACCACGUUUACGCCGAGGGAUUGAAGAAUUGCUCCUGGGCAAGCUGUAGAGAAGGUUGUACAAGCGCAGCGCUUCGUUGCCAUCAAAUCAGGGUGAACUACACGAGGCUGUCGUUCGAGGAAUUCAUAGCGAAACCGUUGAGCUCCAUACAGUGGGACGUUUCAGACACGAAAUUUUUCGUGAACACGGAGGGUUGCGGUUACCCGCCCAGGGUGAACUGUUCCGACUUCGCCAAGAAGUAUGGAUACUCGAACAUGGGGAAAAUAUUCCCUUGUUAUUACAGCAGAACGCAUCCAGAGACUGUCGUUGCAAGGUAUUCUUGGGAUGAAAAUCUGAGGCAUCUAGUGCUAGCCUUGGUAGUGCCUACAGUUCUUUUCGGAGUGUCCCUCGGUGUGUUAUGCUAUUGGUAUUGUCCACCGAUGGGCAAGACUUGCGGAGGACCAGGUCGCAACUUGAUUGACAAGUACGCAAGGAAGGAAGAUUUUCUGUUGCAUUCGUACAGUAUUCUGGGAGAGGAUGAGUUCGAGGAGGAUGAGGAGGAAUACUGACUGCUGCCAAGGGCUCACCCCCCAGCGAGGGAGUGACGCCGAAGGAAUUACUGAAAAAUAAUCCCCGUUAUUUACGUUCUAAAAUUAAUUGAAAGCAAUAGAAGCAUUAGGGAAACUUCCAGCAACGAAGAUAAAUGCAUUUACGUUUCCGAUUUCUACUGUUUAUUGAUUGAUCUUAAUUGCGAUACAUUGCACUUUGAGCUUAAU